UCCCCCAACAUAGAGAAGCUCUUGCCAUAUUCUGACGAAUAGAGCCCACCAGUAUAUUGGUAACAAUGGCAUCAAUGAAGCUGCAAAAGAGAUUAGCCGCCUGUCUUCUCCAUUGUGGUCAAGGAAAAGUGUGGCUUGACCCUAAUGAGAUCUCUAAUAUCUCCCUUGCCAAUUCAAGGACAGACAUAAGAAAGCUGGUAAAGGAUGGUUUCAUCAUCAAGAAACCAAGAAAGACACACUCAAGAGGCCGUGCACGGCGCUCCCUCGAAGGGAAAGCAAAAGGGAGGCAUUCAGGGGAGGGGACGCGCAAGGGAACAAGGGAGGCCAGGCUGCCAUCGAAGGUGGUGUGGAUGAGGACGAUGAGGGUGUUGCGCCGCCUGCUCCGCAAGUACCGGGAAUUGGAGAAGAUCGAUAGGCAUGUCUACCAUGAGAUGUACAUGAAGGCGAAGGGAAAUACCUUCAAGAACAAGCGUGCUCUUAUGGAGACUAUUCACAAGUUGAAGGCCGAAAGAGCAAGAGAGAGAGUGAUUUCUCAUCAGUUUGAGGCCAAGAGGAAGGCUGCAAUACAUCACAGAAGAUGGUCGGUAAACAAUAAUGAAUGCAAGUUGUGUGUUUGAUCAUUUUUUUUUUUGCAUGGUUUCUAAAUGUAGUUUUAGUUGAAAUUAUUAAGUGUCAUUUUGUUCAAAAUUGUUGAUUACUUUCCCAUUUUGUUGCAUUAAUUUUAGAUUUAGUAAUGGAUUUGGAUCAUUUAAGUGAAAAAAUUAAGUCCCAAAUU